GAAAAAGUACCACAAUUUGACAAAAAAAGUCCAAACAAAAAAUUUAAAUAUAAUCCGAACUGUGGUUAAAGAAGUGUCAAAUUCAAAAACAUUGACGGUGGUGAGUAAGGAAUUGAAAUGCACAGCCGCUCCAUUGCCAUACACCUCUGCUUCAUUCCACCUUCAACCGGAAUCGUCCCACCCUGUAAUGGAUGCGCCAAACUCCGAACCCGCUUCAUCCCAAUGGCAUCCUCCGCCACUUGCUCCCUGAAAGGCGUCUUGAGGAGGACGGCCGAGCAGCCGCCGCCGCCGAGAACUACGCCGUACCGCCGGAACCAGCACCCGCCGGCGUCGGACGGCACCGUCGACAUGGACGCUCUGGUGUUGGCAAUCGGGAAUACGAGCGACGAGCGAGAGCUCCACGCUCUGAUGUCCCCGUACAAAGGUCGAACACUUUCCGUGCGGUUCUUGGCCGCCCUCCUCUCCCGCGAACCCGACUGGCGACGCUCGCUCGCGCUGCUCGAUUGGAUCCACGACGAGGCUCUGUACGCUCCCUCCGUCUUCGCCUACAACGUCGUCCUCAGAAAUGUCCUCCGAGCCAAACAAUGGAGCCUUGCCUUUGGACUGUUCGACGAAAUGCGCCAAAGAGGUCUUUCACCAGAUAAGUACACUUACUCCACUCUGAUUACCCAUUUCGGGAAUGAAGGCCUGUUUGACUACGCCCUAUCUUGGCUUCAGAAAAUGGAGCACGACCAACUCCCAGGUGAUCUCGUCUUGUACAGCAAUCUAAUCGAGUUGUCCCGUAAAUUGUGCGAUUACCCGAAGGCAAUCUCCAUAUUCUCCAAGCUAAAGAGUUCAGGGAUUGUCCCUGACCUGGUAGCUUACAACACAAUGAUCAAUGUGUUUGGAAAAGCUAAGCUUUUUCGCGAAGCACGGCUUUUGCUGAAAGAGAUGGACUCGGCAGGUAUCACACCAGACACUGUCAGUUACUCCACACUUCUAACUAUGUACGUUGAGAACCGGAAGGUUCUAGAAGCUCUAUCGGUGUUCUCUGAAAUGAGGGCAGCAAGAUGCCCUCUUGACUUGACUACCUGCAACAUAAUGAUUGAUGUAUAUGGGCAGCUUGAUGUGGCAAAGGAAGCCGACGGUUUGUUUUGGCGUAUGAGGAAGAUGGGAAUCGAACCUAAUGUGAUCAGUUACAACACCCUUUUAAGGGUUUAUGGCGAUGCCGAGCUUUUCGGGGAAGCCAUACAUUUGUUCAGAUUGAUGCAGAAGAAGAACAUCGUACAGAACGUUGUCACUUAUAACACGAUGAUCAAGAUUUAUGGGAAGACACGCGAACAUGAGAAGGCAAACAACCUAGUUAAGGAAAUGGAGACCAAAGGGAUCAAACCGGACACCAUCACGUAUUCGACCAUGAUCCACAUUUGGAGCAAAGCAGGGAAGUUGGACAGAGCAGCGACUCUGUUUCAAAAGGUGAGGUCGUCCGGGGUUGAGUUUGACCAUGUUCUAUAUACGACGAUGAUCCUGGCUUUUGAACGAGCCGGCCUGGUCGCCCACGCCAACCGUUUGCUGCAUGAGCUGAAACGGCCCGACAACAUUCCCCGGGAAUCCGCUAUAACGGUUCUAGCGGGUGCGGGUCGGGUCGAAGAGGCAAUGUGGGUGUUUCGGCACGCGGUAGCUGCCAAGGAGGUAAAGAGUGUAGACAUUUUCGAGUGCAUGAUUGAUCUUUUCGCGAGGAACAAAAAGCACAAAAAUCUCAUUGACGUGUACGAUAAGAUGAGGGAAUCCGGGUUUUACCCGGAUUCCAACACACUCGUUCGGGUCCUCAAUGCGUAUGGGAAGUUGAGGGAGUUUGAGAAGGCAGAAUGCCUAUAUAAGGGGAUGAAGGAGGAAGGGCGCGUGUUGUUUGACGAAGUCCAUUUCAAGAUGUUGAAUGUGUAUGGGGCUUGGAAGGAUUUUGAGAUGGUUGAGACAUUGUUUGAGACACUUUGCAAUGACCCUCGCGUUAACAAGAGGGAUUUGCAUCAAGUUGUUGCCGGUAUAUAUGAAAGAGCAAACAGAUUGGAUGAUGCAUCUCGGGUUGUAAACCGAAUGAGUGACCCGAGAACCCUUGUUUCAUGAUGACAUUUGCACACUCUCCCUCACAUUACUGUUGUAUUGUACCUCUCUUUGUAUCGAUCUUUUUCCCAAAACAACCGAACGGAUUGAUCAACACCAAAAGAAUUAGGACUACAAUGUAUUGCUGUUUUUCUAUUUAGAAUCUAAACCAUCCCAAUUCCCAAAGAGUGCGUUGAAAAGAAAUCAAGUGAAACAACAACAACAAAAAUAUUACCAUAGA